AUUGAUACAGUCAUUAGAUAGUUCAGUGCUAGGCAGGUACAUCCGCUGGUUGUGGAUAACCCGUUUGGACUGCAACACCUUCUUCCCUAUGAUGAUCAGUCAGGUUCAGCCAGUCAUUCCAAAGUCCAUCCCAAGGGAUUUGUGCCUAGAGACAAGUGUCUUCUCUGUAUCAGAGCUCAGAGCACAUAGUCCCCAGGGCUAGAGAAAAGUAUUUGUUGAAAGGGCAUGUGAACUCAGUAAUACAUGCAGUGUUUCUCAAAUCUCCCCCUCCUCUGUAGCUGCUGAGUUAUUUUGGUUUGGUUCAGCAAUGUUGCUUUCAGUACUCUCUAAUUUUCUUCAGUAAUGUUCGGUUUUGCUGUACAGACCUCAAGGAAGGGAAAACUGCAACAUUACCAGAAUUUUCUGAUCUCUCUUCACUGGGAACCAGAGACAGUGUUGUUGUGUUUCUUGGCAGUCUCUCUAUUGCAGCUCAUGCCAUGCAGCACUUGGGAUAACCCUUCAGCGCCUGCCGCUUUUUGAUAGGACAGUAUUGAUGUUAUCCUGCUGUAGCUGCACAGAUGGUCCAUGCUGAUGAGACGUGGUUUCUCUUGCCUCAUAUCUCUCUGGAUCAUGUAUAAGCCCUUUGCCUCACUUGUCUCUUAAGUGGGGACUUCUUGCUAAGUGUGAGAUGACCUGCAUUUUCCUUGAAUGGCGAAAGGGAGAAGUUCUAGCUGCACAUGUCAAACAGCAGCUGGAAUGUUGUCCUUUUGAACCUGGCAUCUGACUUGGCUGCCAUGUGCCCUGCGUAAUCUUGAACAGAAGUUGGGGAGAAUGUCUCAGCAGCUGCCAUUAACAUCUUGGAAAGCUGCAGAUGUUUAAAGCUACCUCUGCCAUGGUAAAAAGAGGCUUGGUGGUUUCAGAGGAGGGUCAUUGUCCAGGGUCUCUGGACCAUAGUGAUGAGGAAGCCUCGAAGGAGGUCCCGACAGAACUUGGAGGGGAGGCGUUCUCCCUCGCCCUACAGCCUCAAGUGCUCCCCGACUCGGGAGACGCUGACGUAUGCUCAGGCCCAGCGGAUUGUGGAGGUGGACAUCGAUGGGCGGCUUCAUCGCAUCAGCAUCUACGAUCCCUUAAAACUCAUCACAGAGGAUGAGUUGACUGCCCAGGACAUUACUGAGUGCAACAGCAACAAGGAAAACAGUGAGCAGCCCCUUUUGCCUUCCAAAUCUAAGAAAACACCUUCUAAAGGCAGGAAGAAGGAGUCCUUCUCCAAAUAUGCACCAGGGACGUCUUUACACUUACCCCAGCCCAACUUCCGUGUGCUGGACUCUUUCAGCCAGCCAGAUGCCCCUCCUCUUCCUGCUGCCUACUACCGGUACUUGGAAAAGCCUCCUGAAGACCUCGAUGUAGAAGUGGAGUAUGACAUGGAUGAGGAGGAUCUGGCAUGGCUGGAAAUGGUCAAUGAGAAGAGAAGGGCUGAUGGUUAUGGAACAGUUUCUGCUGACACUUUUGAGCUGCUGGUGGAUCGAUUGGAAAAGGAGUCGUACCUUGAGAGCCGGAACAAUGGGGCUCAGCAGUCCCUCAUUGAUGAGGACGCCUUCUGCUGUGUCUGCAUGGACGAUGAGUGUCACAACAGUAAUGUCAUUCUGUUCUGUGAUAUCUGCAAUCUGGCCGUGCACCAGGAAUGUUACGGUGUGCCCUAUAUCCCUGAGGGGCAAUGGCUUUGUCGCUGCUGUUUACAGUCCCCUUCUCGCCCUGUGGAUUGUGUCCUUUGCCCGAACAAAGGGGGAGCCUUCAAGCAGACUAGUGAUGGCCGCUGGGCUCACGUGGUUUGUGCCAUCUGGAUCCCAGAGGUCUGCUUUGCAAACACUGUUUUUCUGGAGCCCAUUGAAGGGAUCAACAACAUCCCUCCAGCUCGGUGGAAGCUCACAUGCUGUAUCUGCAAGCAGAAGGGCAUGGGAGCUGCUAUUCAAUGCCACAAGGUGAACUGUUACACUGCUUUCCAUGUCACCUGUGCCCAGAGGGCUGGUCUCUUCAUGAAGAUUGAACCCAUGAGGGAGACCAGCAUCAACGGCACGACAUUCACUGUGCGCAAGACUGCCUAUUGUGAGAGUCAUUCCCCGCCUGGGAUGGUAAAAAAGGAGUCUCCAGCUGCUAGUGGUGAUGGGCAGGAGGACACUGUGAAGGAGAAGGUAGAGGAGGAAGCCAAUUCUGCCCCUCCCAAGGGGUCUCUGAAAAAGAACCAAGUGAAAUUGAAGCAAAAGAUCAAAAAGGAGCCUGGUGAUGUGACCAAAUGGCGUUCAUCUGUGCCCAUGGUGACCGUCACACAAAUUCCCUCUUACAGGCUGAACAAAAUUUGCAGUGGGCUCUCCCUCCAGAGGAAGAACCAGUUCAUGCAGAGGCUCCACAACUACUGGCUGCUGAAGCGGCAGGCAAGGAAUGGGGUGCCCCUGAUCCGGCGCCUGCACUCACAUCUCCAAUCCCAGCGGAACACAGAGCAGAAGGAGCAGGAUGAGAAGACCAGUGCAGUCAAGGAAGAGCUGAAGUACUGGCAAAAACUGCGGCAUGACUUGGAGCGGGCUCGACUGCUCAUUGAGCUGAUCCGUAAGAGGGAAAAACUCAAACGGGAGCAGGUCAAGGUUCAGCAGGCUGCUAUGGAGCUACAGCUGACCCCUUUCAAUGUCCUUCUGCGCACAACACUGGAUCUACUGCAGGAGAAGGAUGCUGCCCAGAUCUUCACAGAGCCUGUUAACCUGAAUGAGGUUCCAGAUUACCUGGAAUUCAUUUCCAACCCAAUGGAUUUUUCCACCAUGAGGCGGAAGCUGGAGUCCCACCUGUACCGAACAUUGGAUGAGUUUGAGGAAGACUUUAACCUUAUAGUUACCAACUGCAUGAGGUAUAAUGCUAAAGACACGAUUUUCCACCGAGCAGCUGUCCGGCUCAGAGACUUCGGAGGAGCGAUAUUGCGUCACGCACGGCGGCAGGCUGAAAGCAUUGGCUUUGACAUUGGUGUGGGGAUUCACCUGCCUGAGUCACCCAAAACUGAGGACUUUUACUGCUUUUCUUGGGAGGAUGUGGAUAACAUCCUCCUCCCGGAGAACCGAGCUCACCUCUCCUUGGAGGCCCAGCUGAAGGAGCUGCUGGAAAAACUAGACACAGUGAGCACCAUGCGGUCCAGUGGUGCACGGACACGACGCAUCCGGCUCCUGAGACGGGAGAUCAACUCCAUUCGGCAGAAACUGGCCCAGCAGCAGAACAAGACCAUGGCCAAGGGGGAGACUGUGCUGCGGGACCAGAGGCUGGAGAAAACAUCAAGGGAUGGCGAUGAGGAAAGGGAGAAAGCAGAUGAUGCCAAGCCCCCGCACCCUCCAACCCUGGAGCCCACAGGACCUGUACCCUCCCUCUCGGAGCUAGACUCUCUGCAGGACCCUCCAACACUCAAACCCAUCAGUGAAAGUAAGUCCUUGAAUCAGCUGCAGAAGAGGGUGGUGUUGGACAGGGAGCUCUUUGACAAGAAGGCUCUGCAGCGGGAGAGCCAAGCCUUCCAGCGCCUGCUCACCAACAACAGCCUGAAUGGACUGGCCUUGUCGCCUGCAGACACCCCUGCCAGCCCCUCCUUCAGCAGCGUGGGCCGACGAACAUCUGUCCUUUUUAAAAAAGCUAAGAACGGGGUGAAGCUGCAGAGAGGUCUGGACUGCUCCCUGGAAAACAGGGAGGACCGCAGGCAGAGCGGGCAGCUUUCACCCUCCUGCCCUGAUGGGGAGCGACAAGCUCGGAAGCGGCCACAGAGCAGAACCUGCAAUGAGAGCAAUCGAGAAAAGUCACCCAGGCAGGCAGGACAGAGAGGAGUGACUAAUGGCUUUGCAAAGCAUGCAGAAAGUGGCUCUGACUUUGAGUGCAGCUCUGCCCUGGGCAGUGGACUGGUGUUUGAAUCCUGCAGUGGUUUGAUGCCUCCUAAGCGCAGUCGAGGAAAGCCGGCUCUCUCUCGGAUGCCCUUCGUGGAAGGUGUGAAUGGAGAUCCUGAUUUCAGUGGCUCAGGCAGAACUCUCUUGAUGUCCUUUGAGAGUCAGGCUGAGCUGGAGCCCUUGGAGCUUGUGUGGGCCAAGUGCCGUGGCUAUCCUUCCUACCCUGCCUUGAUAAUCGACCCCAAGAUGCCACGUGAGGGUUUGCUUCACAAUGGAGUCCCCAUCCCUGUCCCGCCCAUGGAUGUGUUGAAGUUGGGGGAGCAGAGGCAGACAGAGGCAGGAGAAAAGCUCUUCCUUGUCCUUUUCUUUGACAACAAGAGAACCUGGCAGUGGCUUCCACGUGACAAAGUCUAUCCCCUUGGUGUUGAUGACACAGUGGACAAGUUAAAGAUGAUGGAAGGACGAAAAACCAGCAUCCGCAAGUCUGUGCAGGUGGCAUAUGACCGAGCCAUGAUCCACAUGAGCCGAGUGCACGGAGACCAUCCCUUCAUUACAUCCAGUUACCUGUAAAGGAUUGAGGUGACUGAACCUCGUUUUCCCCCCAGACCUCGUGCUCACUGCAUUGGCAGAGUGGACCAUCUCAUGCACUGACUGGCGGGGGAACACCGUUCCCAGCAGCUUUCAGCAGUCCUCAAAGUACCCUGAAAUGUGCCAAAAAAACCUUGUCCAGCUUCUUUCUGAAUGUGUCUGCUGAAGAGCUGGCAAGAGAUGGAAAUGUGUAGUCUGCAGGGCUGGGAGUAAGGUAGUUAGCAAAAGCUGACCGGUGAUAGGAGCCAAGGUGAGUUGAUGCAGUGAGCAGAGUGCAGCACUUGGAUGUUUGGACCUCAUGCACCCUCCCUUGUCCCUGCCUCCCCUGUGCUGCCAGGGUUUGUAAGUUGUCAGCUAGCCUGGAGUAGUUCCUGGGAACCUGCCACCACUGUAAACAGAACCAGGAUCCUUUACGGAAAUCCCAACUUGACUUUCUUGUGCCAAAUUUACCCAAACCAUCAUUGGCCUUUUCAUUUUUCUUUAAAUGAUAUUGUCCUAUCAUAUAAAAACCCCCACAAAAUCAUAGCUGGGAGUUCACAUUAUGAUUUUCCUGCCUGUGUACAUACUGUUUUCAUGUUUAGAUUUCUCUCAUUGCCUUUAGAAAAGCAUGAGAUAUAUCCAUGACCUCCCCCCCCCCCUUGCUGCACACAGUUACAUGCACAGAUGCACAGAGCUUUAAAGAUGAAAAGCAGAUUACCUGAUCUGUGUGUAUAUGUAUGUCCUAGAAAUUUAUUUUAUAUCUGUGAAUCUGCUGUUACAUUUCAUAUCAUGACUGUGCAGUAUGGAAUCUAAGCAAGGAUAACUUCCUUUUUUUAAGAAGUAAAAGUAAUUUUGAAGGUGUCUAAGUAGAGUUGAAGCAGCUCUGCAGGUACUGAGGUUGAUCAGGGUUGGAGGGAGAUACAUCUUUUGUGUUGGUUUAUGCACAUUUGGUGUAAGGCUCCUCUUCCUUUUUUCUCUCUUUUCUGUCUCUUUAAUGUUUUCUUCUGAUGCAGUUCGGGUUGAAACCAAGUGCUAACGAAAGCACACAACCAUUUUGCCAUUUCCCCUUCUCCCAUGCAGACAUAUCCUUUCCUUGGUGUGUGGGUCUCCAGCGUUGUCAUUCAUCCAAAGCCAAGUAAACCCAGCUCUGCAGACAGUGUGUUUGCAUUGCAAAACACAGGGACAAACUGAUGUCUGGAAACUUGAUGGCAAAAUCUUUUCUAUUAGCCAAGGACUUCAUGAUUUCUCUGAUCUGUUCUGUUGCUUCUCUCUUUUUGCUUUCCCAUUUUCAAGAACCAAAGGUGCAAAGUAAGAUUGUAGAUUGAAUAUCACUUUGCUUUUUAACUCAAUAUUUUUAAAUUAUUUUUAACCUUUUCAUACUGAAGAGAAUGAUAAUGAAUAGUGGGGAGUAAUCACUGCCAUUUCUAUUUGGUCUACUUUUUUAAAAUGCCACUUCUUAUACACUGGGGCAUGGAACCACAUUUGAAGGAAUUUUAAGAUUCCUGCAACAUAUAGAGGCAGGACAUAGGUUUGUAAAAAUACUAAUAGUGAUAAUAACACCUAUGGAGUGUGGCUAGGGAAAGAUGUUGUGUACAUAGUUGUAAAAUGUUCUAAAUUAUUCAGACCUAUUGUCACUAUUCUUGAAGUCCUCAGUUGUGUUGCUGGGUCUUUUAUAUGCACACAGUGUAAUUUAUUUAAAGGAACAUACACUUUUCUAGGUGGUAGCUCAGCUGUGGACUUGUGACCUGUGUAUAUGCUUUAAGGUCUUGGGAGGUGGUUUUUUUCGUGUUUGUUGGUUUUGGUUUGGUUUUUGUUUUGUUUUUUAAAUUACAUUUUAGAAUUUGAAUUGGCUAAUGUCCUGCUGUUGCUACGGAACCUAAAUGUUACUGUCAGUCUGCUGUAAAGCACAGAUUGCUCUAUUUAUUGUAGAAAGUGAGUUUAUUUGAUUUCUAGAAUUGUUUAUAUCAGAUGGUAUAAGAGGGGUAAUAAGAAAAUCUAUGCUUGUAAAGAAAAGAAAAACCUAAUUUUACCUUCUAUAAUCUGACUGUCUGAGACUAUAUUUUCUCUCUGAGAAAUAAAUGUUCUAAUGUAUGAAAAAAACCAAAA